CCUGUGUCCCAAGCAGUGGCUUCUGGAAACUCAGUGGGAACCGCCUUCCCAGCCCAGGUAGGCUUAUGAUAGGUGCUAAUGCGAGCUGUGGGGGCAUUGACAGAGGCUCCUGCUAGACAGCUAGCAUCCAUACAGCUGGUUUAGCUCGCUGUCAGCUGCAGUGUGUCCUCGGACCAGACAGCUUCUGCCCUACCUCCCUGCCCCCUUGCUGGAGGGGGACCAUCUCUUCUGGGCAGAAGGGAGCACCUGGGCCAUAGCAGCCGAAAGGAGCAGCCUGUGAGAUGCCCUGCAGGACUUGGGGGAAUCCCCUGGAAGGAGUCUGGUGGUCAGAAGACCGUGAGGGCCCUGAUCCCUCGUGCACAAGGGAGUGGGGAGGGAGCAGGAACGCAGGCAUGAGACACUCUCAGUGCUGCUGGCUCCCCAUUGCCUCCCCUCACUGGGGUCGUGCCUUUUGGCCUCUGUUACAGCCAGUUUCCAGAUGAUGCAAGAAACUCUCCAGCAUUCCUGGGAAAUUCAGCCUGGCCUUUGGGAUAACCCUUCUGAUUGGCUGCUCUUCCCAGGAGGUUGAAAGACAGCCAAUCAGGGCUGUUGCAGAAGCAGCUGAAGCUCUUUCCUCCCUCUUCAGAGCCCAAAGCUCUGUAGGUGGAGAGGGAGGAGCCAACCCCAUCCUGGCAGGAGGGGAAGGAAUAAAAAGAGCUGCCCCCUCCCUGGAUCUGGAAAGGGAGAGAAGAGAGGAAGGAUUAGGAGAGAGUAUGACGACCCCCUGGAGCACCCAAUAAGGAAUAGGCAUAGGGGAGGAGCUCUGGCCCCUGACCCCCCCUACUGCAACCUGCCAAGAAAGGCAGGAGCUGUGCGCUGCAGCUGCGGUGCUGUGAACAGAGGGAGAGAAACCUGCGGGCUCUGGCACCGGAAAUCCCCGUGGCUUACAGCUAUAGCGAUGCUAACCCCUGGGCACAGCCAGAGCUGCUUUCUCAGCAAGAUGAGAGAGGGAGGGUCUCUGCUAGGCCUGGGGAAAUGAAGCAGUAAGACUGGUGCCAUCAGGAUCGUGGCAGGAGACGUUGCCUGGAUCCAAUCUGGAGCAGCUGCAGCCAGCGUGGGCGUCUGCCCUCAAUCCGGAGUGACUCCACCUGGGAUCAGGGCUCUUUUGCCAUAAGAGAAAAUCGUGUCUCCCUAUGGGCUCCUCCGUCUGCAACUGCAGUGAGAUUUCAGGCCAUGGAGCAGUGCAAGGCACUGGUGCCAUGUGGGGGCUUGUUGGGGCGCUGGCCCUGUCGCACCUGGUGUCCUUGUUGUGGAACAUUCUCUGCUGUGUGAGGCGCACACCACAAAGAGAUGUGUCCAGAAGGCUCAGGAGAAGUGUGAAGCAUGCGCCUGAGGAGAGCCCCCUGUAUGGCAACAUCAGUUACUUGCAGACAGGGUACAAUGCUGGAUCUGAAAACUCCAUGGUGCCAGAGCCCCAAGAGCAACAGGAAUCCAGCCCCAAGAAGCCGACAUGCUAUGCCAACCUCAAGACUCUAAACCCCCAAGGCCGGCAGCUGCCAGAACCAUCAGCGGGGGGUGCUGAGAUCCAGUACACAGAUGUGAUGGUGAUAGGGCCCAGGCGCUCAGAACCAGAGAUUUGGGACGGGGCAUCCCUGAUAGGCAGAGAGGCUCCUCGGCCCCAGUCUGAGCUUUAUGCGUCUGUCCACGCAGACCGAUAUGCAGCCACGUUUGAGAAUCAAGACUAUGCUAACAACCAUGCGCUGCCCAGCUGAGAGGUGGGGGGUUCACGGAGUGCAAUCCAGAGCAAUAAAUACGACUUUCA